AUGUCUUUUUAUUUAUAAUAUACAAUACAUGUACAUUAAUGACGCAAUAUACUUUGUAACGUUCGAAAUUAAGUUGGUAAUGUAAUAUGAAAAGAAUUAAUAACGAGGGAAGACAUAGUUGAAAUAUAUUCGAUGGAGAUUCAAAAUGUUCCACGAGAACUGACGUGGUAUGCCAAGACUGGAUGUUUGACGAAUCGGUCACACGGUGGCCACUUUAGUGUAAAUGGAUUUUAGGUGGUGAAGUUUCAUCACUUUCACAGAAAUUUUAACUUUUUUUAUAUUUCCGAUAAGAAAUUAAAUUAAUUUUUGAAAAAAUGGUGUUAUUAACAAUGAUUGCGAGAAUAGCAGACGGUUUACCACUCGCGGCUACUAUGCAAGAAGAUGAACAGAGUGGAAGAAGUAUUUUAGAAUAUCAGAAUCAAGCAAAGAUGUUAUUUAGAAAAUUGGGACCUCAGUCUCCAGCUAGGUGUACUAUAGAAACAGGCCCAUACUUAUUCCAUUAUCUAAUUGAAAAUGAAAUAUGUUACUUGGUAUUGUGCGAAAGGAAUUACAGUAAACGUGUGGCAUACAGUUAUCUUGAAGAUAUAGCACAAGAAUUUCAUUCUUUGUAUGGCAAACGUGUUAACACAGUUACCAGGCCUUAUAGUUUUAUUGAAUUCAAUACAUACAUUCAGAAAGCAAAGAAAGUUUUUCUGGAUGGUAGAUCAAGAAGAAACAUGAAUGCACUUAACACUCAGUUGCAAGAUGUGCAAAGAAUUAUGGUUCAAAAUAUAGAUGAUGUCUUGCAAAGGGGUACAGUUCUAUCAGAAUUAGAUACAAAAACACAAAAUCUGUCCAUGUUAUCACAAAAAUACAAAAAAGAUGCCACUCAUUUAAAUAGAAAGUCAAUGUAUGUAAAAGCUGUGGCUGGACUUGUUGCAUUUUUGGUCUUCCUACUGUACUUUUUCAUUCUUUAGUUGUUCAAAUUAAUUUAUCAAAUUUUGUUAUUAUCGUGUAAAGACUACCGAAGUUUUUAACUGCUCUGUCUUUUCAAAAUUAGCAAAUACUUUUCCUAUGAAUUUACUUUUUGGUAUGAUGUAUUUAAUUUUUAAGCCUAAUUGAAGUUUAAUACAAUGUACAUAAGUUAUAUUCAGAGAAAAAACUAGUCACAAGGAAUAUAAUGGUGUUGAUGCUGUUCAAUACACAUUAUCGUAUGUCGUCACGUAAUAAAUAUAACAAUUGUUUAUAUACUGACUCUAAUGUACCAUCAUCUUUAAUCCAAGUUAAUAAAAAAUCAUGCUAACAAUUUCAUAAAAUUAAAAGACAAUA